CUCUCUCUCUCUCUCAAAUAAAUAAAAUCUUAAAAAAAAAAAAUACUUUGGAAUGCUCCAUGAAACAUGUAGCCAUUGUUUUUUGAAGUGAAGGAAAAGAGAGCUGUGGAACAAACUAAUAAUAAUGCAACAACUAAUUUUUCACCCCUGGAGACUACUAGUAGGUUCCAACCUCUUAAUGUUUUAGUUACCUUCUGCUCCUGAGGAAUGACCCCAAAUCUCGGUGGUUGAAAAGGGUAAACGUUUAUUAAUUCUUAGUUUCUGAGAGUCGGGAAUCUGGGGGUAGCUCUGCGGGGUGUCCCAGGCACGGGGUCUCUGAUGAAGAUGCAUGAAGAUGUCUGCCGGGCUGUAGUCCUCUGAAGGAGUGUCUUGCUUCCACAAUGGCUCCCUCACAUAGCUGUUGGCUGGACACUCAGUUGCUCACCGUGAGCACCUCUCCAUAGGGUUGCUUGAGGGUCUUUAAGACGUCUCAGCCAGCUUCCUCCAGAGAGAGAGCAAGGAAGAAGCCCCGGUGUCUAUCAUGACCUGGCCUCAGAAGUCACAUAACAUCACUUCAGCCAUAUUCUGCCAGACACACACCAACCCUGAGACAUUGUGGAAGGGGACUUCUCAAGGGCAUAAAUACUCAGGAGGUGGAGGUCACUGGGGCCAUCUUGCAGGCUGGCUCCCACACUUAAAAUGAUUGUCACAUUCACUAACCUGGAGAAGGGACUCUCAUACCCAUUUUUCAGAUGUAGAAACCAGGGCAAGAAGAGUUAAAUAACUUACUCGUGGUGGUACAGCUUGUAAGUGCCAGAGCUGGGGACUGAGGCUGGGUUUAUUUCCAGAGAUUUUAAAAUAGAAGAUGUAUUGGUAUAGUAAAUUUUGUCUGAAAGCAAAGGAAGGACCCAGAGGUCCUCAACCAGCUGUGUCAAUCAUCUGCUCACUCAACAAAAUGUAGUAAGCACCUACAGUGUGCCAGGCACUGUUCAAGGAUCGGGUCGCAGCAGUGAACUGAACAAAGCUUGCCUCCAGGCCCUUGGAGACUAUAGGAUGUUGAGCCCAUAUGAAGAGUCGAGGAGUCUGGGUCCCCUUACUGGCCCAGCCUCCGACCCACUGGGAGCCCAGGCAAAUCCCUUCCUGGGACUCAGGUGCUGCCUUGGACCGUGAGGCACGUGGGUGAGCACAGUGAUCUCCGUGUAUCAGAAUACCAGAGACGCUUAUUAGCCACGAUAGACGCCCCAGCCCACGCUCGUUGAUCAGAAUAAUUUUCGCAAGUUCUUGGGUGAUUCUAAUGCAGAUGAUGAUCUUCUGCUGUAUAAAUAAGACCACCAGAUCAGCAUUGCUCAGAGGCCAUGGGCCCACCUAUGUCAGAGCUGUCGGUGGUCUCAAGAACCAAGAUUUUGAAGAAGCACGAGUUCUCCGUGGACAUGACCUGUGAAGGCUGCUCAAAUGCCGUCAGCCGGGUGCUCAACAAGCUGGGAGGAGUUGAGUUUGACAUUGACCUGCCCAACAAGAAAGUUUGCAUCAACUCUGAGCACAGCGUGGACAUUCUGCUGGAGACCCUGGAGAAAACAGGAAAGGCUGUUUCCUACCUCGGCCCCAAGUAGCGAGGGCCCGGACCCCUGGGCCCAAGAUGGACCAAAGGGAGCAGGGCACUGAUCUCCUGCCUUCCAGACAGACCAGGGGCCUGGCAGUCCUGCUCAGCGAUGGCAGUGACCCUCACUUGCCCUGCUCCUCCCUAGCUUCCCUGCAAUAAAGUUGAGCCGCUCUUGUUGAA